AGAGGCGCCGCCCACCUCAACACAUCGAGGUCCUCUUAUACUCGGGCACAUUUUCGUUUCAUACUUUUUGUCAGCCUCUGCACAGGACUGGUCUCAAAUUCAAGCGAAGAAUGAGCUCUGGCAAACUUUUCCAGUUUUUUAUUGUCUUCCUUGCUACACUUCUUCUUGCCGAUGCAAUUCCAAUGGUUUCAUCUCGCGACGAAGAUGAUCAGAUUAUCCAAAAACGGCUAUCAAAUGACGCUUUGAUCCGUCUACUCAUGAGAAACCGCGGAACCCAAACCCAAUUGGGACUGAAACGUGGUCUUGUAAAAAAGGCAGAAGUGGAACGGCGAAGUAUUGAUGAAGACUUUUCCAACUGUUUCCUCUCGCCUGUUCAGUGCAUGCUGCCCUCUUCCAGGAAGUAAACUUCAAUGGAUUCUCAAUUUUUGUGACGUUAUACUUAUACUUUCACCGUUUGCUUACUCUAAGCGAAAACUAGUAAACUUUUCGUGUUAA